UUGUCGUCAAGAAACAAGACCAAAAAAGAAGAUGUGAUAAAAGACAUCAAUUUGAACAAGAUGGAGUCUUAAGAAUAUGUUUUAAGUCGUGAUAAAGCAAGUGUAUCCCCAUGCUAAGACAGCGCUUGUAAAGUGUGUAGAGGAUGACUAAGAAUCACUUUGCGGUGCUGGGAUUAAAGGCUGGAGCCACCGAGGAGGAAAUCAGAAAGUCCUACAAGUCCCUGGCCAUAAAGUACCAUCCAGAUAAAAACAAGGAUGCAGGAGCGGAGGAAAAAUUCAAAGAGAUCGCUGCAGCUUAUGAGUAUCUGAAGAGUCAAGACAGACGAGAGAUCUUGGAAAGAGAUUUAAACAGGCCAAAAGAACAGAAAACUACAAAGGUUCCUCCUAAUUUCACACACUACAGCACCAAGGAAAAUAGAUCAGAUAAAGAUGACUCGGCAUAUUCCAGUAAAUACAAGGGAACAAGCUUCAAAACCAGGUUUGACUUCAAAGAACCACAUGACUUUUCCUGGUCUCAUACUGACUCAAAAGAAACCAAAGGGAAGAAGAAGAAGCCAACCCAGAAAGGUCGGCGGAAGCCCUGGAGUCAGGACUGGAAUGAUCCAGAUGAAGAUUUUGUUCCAGGAUUUGGUGAUGAAAGCAGAUCAUUUUCGUUUGCCUUUAAGACAUUUGUAGAUGACCUAGAUUCUCAUUUCUCGAUGUUCUUCAAAGCCUCAGCUCCAUUUGAGUUUUCUGCAUUCUAUGGCAAUAAGGAAGAUCCCUUUGCUCAGUUCUUCUCAAGUUCAGGAGAAACAGGUGGAUUUUCUAAGAAGAGAGAGAAGGAUAGAAAGAGAGAUGUUGCAGAUGAGUAUGGAUUUAAUGAGGAUCUGAAUGAAGAAUUUCUGUUUUCUCCACGACAAGGGAAGUCUCGAAUGUACAACCAUUUCUCAGACUCUGAUGAGGAACCAGCAUUCAGGUUCAGCAUGUCCGAGUCUGAGUCUGAUCCAGGGUUUGGCUUUUAUCAGUUUUAUGAUGACUAUGAGGAAACCAGAUUUAAGUGCUCUUUCUGUGGGAAAAUGUUAAAACUUGAUGCUCUGAAAACUCAUGAACCUGCCUGUGGUCGCCGCCAGAAGAAAGAAGUAAACAUCGACAGUGAUGAUGAAUAUUUUGACCAUAAUGGGUACUCCUCAAAGUAUGGGCCUUCUAACAUCCCUGGGGACUGGCGGGGCACCCACGAGGAGCUCCUCAGACACAUCAGAAGACAACGCAGGGCAGCCAAGGCCAAGAAACGAGAGGAGGAACUGAAGAGUGAUCUAGAAACUGUGGUAUGUAGCUGGUGUGGGAGAUCUUUCAGUAGGAAAGCUGCAGAGCGUCACAUCCCUUUCUGUGAGAAAUGGACAAAAGACCAUGGACGGCCUCAGAGUCCAACAUUUAUGUACCAUACAAAGAGCAAGGCAGACAGAGCCAAAGAGUACUCAAAGAAAGUCCCCAAACCCAAAAGACAUCGAACUCCCCAUGAGGAAAAGGAUUCUCCCCCUACAACAAAUAGGAGUAGGAGCCGCCCCACCAGCUACCCUGACCUAAAGGACCCCCAACCAAAACAGAAAGAGAAACAUUUUCCAACAUCCAGUACUGGGCUGCAUCCUGCCACUCCAAGGUCAUCAUACACCCCGAAGUCUACAAGCCACACCCCCAGAAAUCAUACCCCCAGAUUCAAAUCAGAUGCUGAGUCCAAACAAGGCACCACUACAGGGGCUUACUUUGGAGUGUCUGGUUCUCAGUUUGGUGCCAAAAAUUCCAAGUACGGAGGAGGGCUUAAAGGUUCCUCAGUUCAUGGAACAGGGGUCAAGGGGUCAAGUACGAAGGGGACAGGAAUAUACCAUAAACCUACUCAUGUUAAAUUUGCUUCAUAAAUCCCACCAUUUUACGAGCUAAGGUGCACCAGAACUUCAUUUCUUGCACUGCAAGUAAUGAUUAAAGACAUUAAUAGGAAUGAAGAGAAAAGAGGAUUUUUUUUUCUUUAAGCUUCAUAUUUUUGGUGAAGUAUUGGAAGAUUCAGCUGUUGUUUUAGCAGCAUUUAUAAGAGGGAGGUAUUUCGACAUUAUCUGCACAUUGAUAUUAUUUUUUUCUCACACUUUAUGUAACAUCAACCUCUUUGUCUGUUGCUUGCCUUUUUUUUUGAUACAUGUAUCAAAUUUUAUACAAAGUUUAGAUAAGUUGCAGUCAGUAAAUAUUUUUGGUUUUUAUAUAUCAUUUUAGAAAUAGUAGUGAUUUUCCUUACACUAUAUAGUCUUGUAUGAUCCUGAAUUAUUAUUAUUAUUAUUAAUAUUUUUUCCCCAUCAGGGUUAGGGUUAGAGUUUUAUUGGAAAAUUGUCCAAUAUUAUUUUUUCCAAAACUGUUCCAUAUACUUUACAAAUAUAUAAUUUGCCCUUACCUUAAGUCAUUUCUGCUUCUUUUAAACUGAUGUAAUAUUAUUUUUCCUGGUCUUGAAGUUCCCUGUUCAAACUGUCCCUGUUCAAACUGUCAGGGGGGUUAAAAUAUAGGGAUGGUUGUAUAUUUCUUACUUUACAAUAUAUAUGUACAAUCUCUUUUACAUAUGACUAUGAAGGAUUAUAAAAAUAGAAGUGCAAUAACUGAAGUAGUGAUUUGUAGGUCUUGUUGAUGAAGAAUUUAACUGAUUUAACUUUUUUCAAUUUACCACUGAUACAUUUAGUCUUUCUUUGUACUCUUUGUUGACGUAAUUUUAUUCUGUAAAUUAAUGUGUCUUCCAACCAUGAAUUUAUCAGUGCCGUAAUUUAAGAUUUCAUUUCAAUAAUUGAGGUGAGGCUUUAUCUAUAUAUAAAGAAUUGGAGACUUUGUGUUCAGCUAAUUCUGUUAAAUUUAUUAUCAUUUCUAAAGAAGUGUGAUAAAAUGUCAUAUUUACAUGUAUAUACAGGAUUUUGUAAUUUGCAUGAUGUGAACUUAUUUUAUUAUAUAAAUAUUAUACAAAAGGAUCGAACACAAGUUCUAACAACUUACCGGGUUCUCACCUUAAAUGGUUACAACUGUCAAAAUAUCCGUAGAAAAACUUUGAUAUACAAACAGGCAUGUUUUAUACAGACAUUCAUUACAAGUUUAAUGUAUAACUUAUUUGAGUUCUGGUGUUAGGCAGUAAUAGUUAAAUAAAUAUUACAGAAUCUGUAGUAAAUUUGUGUACAUUGCACUGAUUGAAAAAUAUAUUGAUUGAGUUCAACAUUUUUUGAUUCAUCUCCCCACAGAAGUAGGUGACAAUCAAUAAUAAUUAUUUAACUUGCUUAUUUCAUUUGACACACACACAAAAUAAUAAUAAUAAGUAGCUCUGAGACUUAAAAUGAAGUUAUGCUUAUUUAAAUGAUUUUUCUAAACAACAUUUACAAAAAACAUUGAUCAUAUAGUUAUUUUGAUGAUGUGCUACAGGUAAUUUUAUUGUGGAAGUUUUUGCACUCAAUUAUCAACCAAGAUUUACAUUUGUAUUACUGAAAUCUACAGGAAUGUUCAACUCCACCUUUUUUGUGAUUCCAAAGUUAUAAACACCAAAAUCUAAAAUUAUACCCUUCUGGAUGCCUGGGAAUGGUCAGUUAUCGGUUAAUUUUGGAAUUGUAGAUUUUACAAUAUAAAAAUCAUACUUUGUUGAUUCAUAUAAAUUUUAGGGAAAAAAUUAUGUUAUGACAAUAAGACAGUUAUUUUCUUCAAUUUAACCACUAACUAAUUUAUUAACAGUGCAAAUAUAUGACAACUAAACCUUGUAUUUAAAACUGCCAUUUAAUUUUCAAAAGAUUUUACGUGACAUACACAAGUCCGGAAAGUUAAUUAAUAAAUACUUAAUUGAUUUAUAUCUUUCUUUAAAUUCUAAUUAAUUUAUUCCCAACUUCUUAUUCUAAAUUUUCUUUAUUCCAACAUGUAGCUACCUCAGUAUUACAUUAUUCAGUUAGAUAGAACAUAUUUUCCCAGGUUUAACAUGUAUAAAUGUUUUUAAUUUCUGCAGUGUUGUAGAUACUGAGAGGAUUUUUUUCCCUCUGAGAAUGUAAAGAUGUUCGGUUUUCAAAAUGAGAUGUUUAGAAGUGCUAAUUACCUGUGUUAAAUACCUGCACACUUUGUGUGAUUUACAUACACCUGUGAUACACCUGGUUUUGUCCUUUUUGUGCUUAUUUUCAUUUUCUCAUCCGUCCAUUUUACGAAAUAUAUUUUACCAGAAUCUUUUACACAGUGAUAGGGAAAACUGAAUGAAGGAUGUGAAGCAGCAACUUUCCCCUGUAGAUUACUUCAUAUGUAUUUUUUGAAUAUCAAAAUUAGUCAAUUUUCUUGUUUUACACACACGAGUGAUAUUGUUUUUGUUACUGAAAUUCAUUGUUGUUUUUUCAAUAAAUGGGAUAGUUUCUAA